GUCGAUUUUCUUCAGUUCCCCGCCAUGUUCUCCUAGUAGCAGAUGUGAUCGUUUUACCAUCGCAGCCCCGUCAAGUCUAAGCGGGCGCUCCGCAAUCGCAUCCCUGCAACCCUGGCUGUUUUUUCUCAGCCGCUCGUCCAACUUUUUUUUUCGCCUCCCCGCCCUGCUUGCCGAAACGCGACUCCUAACUCUUCGCUAUGGUGACGACCACUGCGCCUUCGCCCUUCCUGGCCCGGGUCUCGGCCGGCCCCGAGGACCCCUGGCGGUUUUCCACAUCCCUAUUACAGCGCCUCAUGAAGGCGGACACCGGCGGCGAAGGCCACCAAACCAAUCGAUGUUUGGUGGGACCGGGCGGCAGCCCCAGGCCGGCACUGAAGAGAGUGAGGAGAAGGAAAGGGAAAAUACGGUCCACCCCCUCCGGCCUCUCCCAGAGCCGCUACCAACAGCACCAACAACAUCGCGCCGGCUUGGGGCGAAGGAACGCCGCACAAGGCGUACGCAGCCCCUACGAAGCCCCCACAGCUUCACCAGAGCCCGAUCGCGAAAUGGGCCCAAUCGAGGAAGCUCCAGCAGCUUCUUCGAGACCAGCCCCUGUCAGCAAGCCUCUCAGGAAAGAGUUGUUGAAAAACAAGAUGGGAAAAUCUGAGAAGGCUACCAUUCCAUACAAUCAAUCUGUUCAUAGUCUACAUCUUUGUGAACAAUCAAAAAUUAACAGACAGAGGAGCAAAUGUAAUAUACAAUUAAACAAGAUUCCACCUGCAAAAAAAAGUGAAAAUAACUUUUGGCAAGAAUCGGUGUCAUCUGAGCUCAUUAAAAAGCAGGAGAAAAAAACUGUGAAAAAACCAGAAAACAGCAAAAAUAUGAAAUCAAAGAAACCCGUCUUUCUUACUGAAGCGAACCAAAAAGAAAAUUAUGCUGGGGCAAAAUUUAGUGAACCUCCUUCACCCAGUGUCCUUCCAAAGCCUCCCAGUCAUUGGGUAGGAAAUACUGUCCAAUAUUCUGACCAAAAUAGGGAGAUGAUGGCAGUCCAUCUAAAAACUCUCUUAAAAGUUCAAGCAUAGUAUAUGGAUAAUUUUACCAAGAACACACAAGAAAUGUGAAACCUGCCUUGUUGCAACAAGUGCAAAAGACUGUCAAGUCUUAACAUUGCAAACGUGUACUCUAUUUUUUAUGGUUGUGUAAAUACUGUAUAUCAUGUAAUGUGUAUAUUCAUAUUUUGAGGUACAUUUUAGUUUUGUUAUGAAAGGAUGUAUUUUACACUGCCCACAUGGUAGAUGGUUUUGUAUAUAGUAAUGGACAACUUGUAACGUGUGCUUAACACAUGGAAGACUUGACAAUGUUUGCACAAAGUAAUGAGAUUGUAAAACACUCAUCUCAAGAUUGAAAUGGCAAUGUGAAAACAAAUUACUAAGGCACUACUGAAAUGUUUCACAAUCUGUGGCACAAUACUUAAUUGAAGUUUUUAUAAAAAUGUUAAUCUGUUUGUAACAGUAUUUGGCGUUAAAUUCAAUUCCUUCUUAAAGACACAGUUGGAAUGUGAGCUAAAUAAUCCAGUAAUUUAGCAUAGCUGAUUCUCUUUUUAAAAAAAUGGAGCUGUGCUUUUCGCCCAGAGAUAAUUGGUGAUUUUUUAAAAAAUUAAAUAAAACAAUUUGGCCUCCCCUUA